GUAAUUGGCCAAAAGCUGUAGAUAGAUUCGUUAAAGAGGCUGAUAAACGUGUGGAAAAAAUUGAUCUCGCUCAAUUACUGGAAUGUGAUUUCUCAACUACAACUUCAAACUCUUUAACUGCAAGUCGUAUCGUGUUAUUAGAUAUGGUUAAAGUCUACUUUAAAUAUCGUAUAGCUGCUUGUUGUGGAAUUCCGAAAGUAACAUUUGAAGGUACACAUGAAGAUUGGACAAAGCUUCAAGAAAAAGUUAUUAAAUUAAGAAACUUAAAUUUAGAAUUAGACUUUUGGUUGGAUCGCCUUGAUCCUGCGAUUUUGAAAUUAGUAGAUACUUAUCGUGGUGAAAUUGAUGAAGACUUUUGGAGUAAGAUUAUUACCAAGAAAAGUUAUGGUUCUGGUGGUAAUUUUACAAUCAAUGGAUGGAUUGCUGCUUUUUUUCCUUAUGAUCCUGGGUUUAUUGGUGCUAGUCAAGAAGUUCUCGAAGAUUUUGGUGGUGAAUCUGUUGUGUCACCUGUGAUCGGAUGGGCCGUUAUUGAUGAUGUGAAAGAUUCUUCUAAUAAUCAUUAA